UGAGAGGGAAUCAGCAAACGCCUAACAACAAGUUUGCUGCUGUGUGGCUGUUCAGUCUAUUGUCUCUAAACUAGUUCUCCAUUUCUACGGUUUUAACUUUUGCUCCUGCACGUUUACAAUCGGCCCCCUGGGAAGCCCCGCCCACCAACCACAGGCUCCAGGUGGAGUGAUCGAGUGGGAGUGAGCAAGGUCGUGCUUCCUCGUUCAUGAAAAAUAGGAAACGUUUGCACGAGCGCGCUGUAGCUGUGUCUAUUGAGUUUCCUGGUAGGGCAGAAAACGUCCCAUCAUCAGUAUGUCAUCAGAGGCAUCAUCUCCUGUGAAGGCCGCUCAGUCCAACACCCCUCCGCUGUCGCCGACUUCACCGGUGUCUCCGGUGUCCCCCAGCAGUCUGCGUCUGCCCACCGGCCGCUACAGAGACCGCUCGCCCUCCCCCAUGAGGGAUUAUUUGAUCCCCAGCCCCCUGCCCACCCGACGCACUCGUACCUGCUCGGCUGCAGCACGUGCAGCAGAGGGGCCGGUUUUCUCUGGGAUCUGCAAGUGCUUUUCACGUUCCAAAGGACACGGCUUCAUUAAGCCAUCAGAUGGAGGCAAUGACAUCUUUGUCCAUAUCUCUGACAUAGAGGGUGAAUAUGUACCCGUGGAGGGAGAUGAAGUGAGCUAUAAGAUCUGCUCUAUUCCACCGAAACAUUUGAAAAUCCAGGCUGUGGAGGUGACCAUCACUCAUUUAGCACCAGGCACGAAGCACGAGACCUGGUCAGGACAUGUGGUCGAAUCAUGAAGACCCGUGAUGAGAAAUGUGCUUUAAUUCUGUACUGUCAUACUGGGUGAUAAAAGUGAUGUUAAAAUGGA